GACUGUGCGACUUACCUUGAUGAACUGUCGUUUUAGCCAGAGUUAUGAAAAUACGAUUCAGAGCUUCUUAGAGCUUCGUAUUUUCACAUUUUUGUGUAUUUUGUUAUCUUAUUUUAUUUUUACGACUACUGAUGAGCAAACUAAAAGAGUUGGGUUGCAAUAUGUACCGAAUACAUCUGAUUCCCUCGAAGCUGUUGACUUCUUUGCCUGCCCAGCUGAGAUUCCUCUUCCUUUAAAAAUUAUAAAACAGCAUCGUUUUGGCUGCUUCCUUUAGUAGCCGAGUCUCACAACACAAUGUUCAGAGCAAAACCUUAAACUUAAACCGUCCCGUUUUUGAUCAAUGCCUGUCUAUACCUUCAUUUUCAGUGACACUGCUAUGAAGAUUCGUCAGUUAGAAUUUUCUCUUGUUAUCAUUCAAUGCAUAUCAUGAUUUUGCUCCAUCAAGUUAGUUGGCGAAAUCACGUAACAAAGGGCUUUAGCAAUAAGACCAUGCCUAUUUUGUGUCUCUGUGUAGUCCCUCCUCUUUUCUAUGCAAAGUAAAGAGGAAUGUUUUUGCAAAUUUUACUUGUAAAGCAUUUGACUAGAUUAACUCUGAACACGUUUAAUUUUCGGAUUUGGGACAGUGGAGAAAGCCGUCAGUGGUGAAUAGGUCAACCUAGUUGGAUAGUGCUUGCAGUCAUUGUAUUUAUUACCCAUUACAGCUCUAAAUUUGCCAAAAUGAUCUUAUUUUUCUCGCUCUAAUUCAAACCUGGAACAACUUGAAACUUUAGGGAGGUCGCUGACUGUGUGUUAUACGGGGAAGAUGCCUUCAACUUCGGUUUUCUCACUAGAAAUUGCGCUUGGUGUACCAAAGCAAAAAAAAAAAAAAAAAAGAUUCACGACUUCAAACAUUGGUAUAGCAGAACGUUACAGAAGUUGAACUUGACUGUGAUAUCACUACAGUGACGAAGGUGCGGUGUGCCGCACCUCGUAGGAGUUUUUCUAGAAAUUUGUUGCGAGCCAAGUUGCACGAAACAAAGGAGAAAUGGGAGAGGGCUGCUGUCACAAUUCGCGGGUUCGAGUUACCACUCCAGCUGCUUGGGCAAAAAGUAAUUCUGUCAAUUUCAGUCACAAUGAUCUACAGCUAGUAUUUUAUUCGCAACAAAAAGGCUCGUCUUAUUUUGUGCAGUGACCGUUGACCAUUAAGCAUUCGUAAGUGAAUUAUUUACGAACUUCAGCGUUGAUGAAGCGUUCUUUGACCCCCAAAGUGGGAUAAAUGCAUAUCCCUUAAUCCUGUUCAAAGGCUCUUGUCAACGUUUGUCUAGGUUGCAAACUGUCCGGCCAGGCCCUAAAAGUCAAACCGGAAUAAGAACUGAUAAUGCAUGGGAUGAAAGCAUGACCGUGCAAAAGCUCGAGCGAGGAAGAAGAGAAAAAAUAAACGCUUGGUGUGAUUACAUAACUGAUGUUUAGCAUGUCGGACUCCGGAUCGAAAGUAUUGUUCAUUUUGAAUUCCGGCCGCUUUGCGUUCGCUUAUCAGGGCGGGUACUAAGAGAACUGGACAAGGUCAAUUAUUAUUUUUUUUUACUCCGCUUUUAACAAAACAUAAAUGUCGUGAAUAAGCAAGCCUGGAUGGAUAAUUUUUCUAAUUCACUUCUCAGACCUAGCGAACCAGCCAUCUGUUUGGUAAAAAUAUAUGUAUAUAAAUUUAUAUGUAUAUAAAUUUAAAUAUCCGAAACUGUUCUUGUCCUGCGAUCCGAGCAAUGCGGAUUUAGUCUAGCCAUGCCUGAAAUUCCACCCGGCCUCAAGAGUCCCCAUGGGCCCGAUGAGGAUGAGGGUGAGGGAUGCCUGAAAUUCCACCAUUGCAGAAGAGCUGUCAAACCUCGGGUUUCUGAAAGAAAAUAGAUUGACUCAAAUCAAGGUGCACCUUAUUUUGUGCCCACAGGCUUCACUGAUCGACCAGUUUGCGAACGCACGAGGUCAUCCGUCACUGCUCUGUGUGAAUGAGAUGCCAAGAUAUUUAUCAAGAAUAUCUUGGUAGUUCCCCAUUUACACUGGAGAAACCGGUUCGUCAACGGUUUGGAUGAGUUCGACCUGAUCAUAAUUUCAAGAUGGCGGUGAAGAAUUGCAAAUGGUAAGCACAGUUUUUGGGUAAAUGGUAAACAGCCCUUGUCGGUAAUAGCUUCAAACUCUGAUCAAAUAAUCCAGGCUUGGAAAAUCAUAGCAAACAAAAUUCAGACAAAAAGGUGAGAGAGCCAUUUUUCCAGUUUAUUAAGCCGCGCCUUAAGAUCACCUUGACUCGAACAACAACUUUCACUUUGGGCUUAAGCAAUAGCUCAGUCAGUCAUUUUCUUAUCAGAAAACCUUGAAUAGAACCACCCCGAUACUGAACACAGUAGAGCCACCAAAGUCAAAGGAGUGGUCGUUUUAAAUGGGCUCUUGAACAACGAAAUGGCCGACUGAACUUUCGUUCCGACCGAAAGGAAGAAGCCAUUGAAACAAGGUAGCCGCAAACCAACGAGUUACUGGGUCUUGUACAGCUGAUACCCAAAACACAAAUAGUUGUUUUGUUUUCAAUCUGGCAGUUCUACGCUAGCAACCACAGAGCUCAUUUUGGCCCUUUGAACAGGUAAAAACGUGCCUUUGCCAAUAAAAUGCUACGUUGCUGACACUUUUUGGCUGUCUAAAUGUAAAGAGCAAGGUAAACUUAGUUUUAGGUUUGUGCUUGAAAAUCUCGCAUUGCAAGCAGUCGAAACAAACUGAAAAUCAGAACACCAACAAUGUCUGGCAAUCCCGUCGUAAGUUGUUCGGCAAUGUUCGUCAGUUCGGAUAAACCCUUACUGCUCAAAAGGCAGCCGCGUCGCCAAACCAGACACUAACAUUGACACUUUGUUAUUUUAAUUAAGCGUAUUAGCAUAUGACAUGUGCGUGACAACAAUUUAAAAAGCUCUGCAAGGCUAAAAGUUUUAAUUUGUCUCGUGCAGAUCACGCAGACAUUACAAAAUCCAAACAACAAUACGCUACUAUUGAAAUAGGUAAAACACAGAUCUCAAGGGAUAACGCGGAGAUAACCUGACUGUGUACCAGCCUGAGAAUAGUUCUCUUAACACUUCAGAUAGAAGCACCACGUCAUCUAAUUUAAACUGUUUGCAAUUUCGCUCUACUUGUAAGUCCUUCUUUAGCGUUUAUUUCGGUUUGGCUCGUGGGCAAAAAGAAGGCCACGAUCUCGUGAGUAUCUUAACAAACGGAUCAGAAAUCGUUAUUUAUUCUCGAUCAUUUCUUGCGCGAAUUGAAAGACUCCCUGUGGCGAAUUUGUAAUAAUUCAUAGCGAAAGUAUUUUCCAGCGGUGACUGUUACUACUCAACAGCUGAAACAAAAAAAAAAAACAUUCUUGUUUAAAUUGAACGUAGCGUUUUCAAUACAAGAAACUGGAGAAAAAGGAAUUAAUAAAAAGUUAAAGAAUGUUUGCUGGCGAGAUCGUGUGGCAAACAAAGAAUCGGCUGGUUUUCAACUUUUGCCUGCAGGCAGCUUUCAACUGGUACCAGCUAAUUUUAACAUCCCCGAGAUCUCUGACUUUCAUAGCCACUCUGCGAUAAAUUCUUGUUUUACAGACAGCCGAGAGCGAUAAUCACAUGGCCGUAGAAUUUUUCUCCGAAUCUAAUCAGCCUCAGCAAAUAUCGUUAUUGGGUUGCCAUACACUCGGAAAUGUGUACUAUUUGAUAUGUUGGUUUCUACGCGCCGAAUUGAGACCCUGCGAAAGGUUAGUUUAAAAACAUUGUCGUAUCUAAACCAUAUGGCAGUUGUCUCGCGCUCUCUCUCUAUGGCGAAGAAGACAAAACAAACUUUUGAUUCUUAGAUGUAAUAUGUGGGCAUCCUCUACACAAUAUGCUCGACGCACUAUGUUUUCCGUUAAGAGUACGGGGAUAAUUACGUAUGUUCGACCGCUCUCGUGUUAAUAAUUUGGGUGUAUUUCCAAAAGUAAUUAAAGGAGACUUUUUUGUUUGAAUACAUUUCAUUGCGACAGACCAGUGGCGGUGAAACAACUCAACCGUUAGCAAGGCGAUAUGGUUAACUGAUCAAGCUCUCGCGGUCUAUGAAUGUUCUGUAAGUGAAAAAGAAAAACAACGAAAGAGAGAAAACUUCCCUUUCAAGACAUUAGAUGGUUCGCGUUAUGAUAGAAAGGACGGAGAGUUGUUUGGGCAAUUUGCCACUUUUCAUGAAUCAUUCAAAGCAGACCGUAGACAAUAGAACCGUCUUUUCAUGGUCACAAGUUUGUGUCUCCUUGAACCACCUGUUUAAAUUUCAGGAAACUCAAAUUCAAAGCAAGACAGUCGAAAGAAAGCUCUCCUGGCGAGUUGUAAAUACAGCCCACCAAAUACCGACCUCUUCUUGGUUUCUAUGAACGUAAUUUAUGAGUAGCCGUAAAAAUUUCCACAGUUCGUGAUCUCUCGUGCUGAAAAUCCUUUGUUAUAGUAGUCUAACAAAUGGACAAAUAGAAAAAAGUAAUUGUUUGAGAGGGCAAGGCUCAGACCGCACUACCCCAAUUUAGCGCAAGGUGCCCGACUCGAAAGUCAUUUUUUUUCAUAAAUUGUAACGGGUGAAGUAGCUAUUGAGCGAAAAAUUUUUAUUUUGUUUGUUUAGCGAGGGUAAAUUUGAAAAUGUUGGGCGUUAUUUAGUAAAAUUCCAUUCAGUUGUUGUUGUAGCAACCGCACGUGACAGUUUUACCCCUGGCUGUUUUGCCACUGAUAACCAAUGAAAGCUCCUAUCAGCUAAGUUCAUUUGAAUAUUCCUAAGACAAAACACGGCUCGUUGAGCAAGACGGAAAAGCCAUAGUGCUCAGACCUAUGCCUGCUAACUAACAUGUCGUUAUGGGCGUUAAACCUAAAUGUUAUCUCGCUUGGUAAAUCGAGUGCCUUAUUAUCGUCUUCAACGCAAGGCGUUCUCUUCAAGGCAAACCAAGGCUGUGGAGGAAACAAAAGAAACAUGGACAAUAGACUAAGGAGGGAGCAAUGAACGAUACAAUUUGCCAGAAUGGUGUUUCAAGUUCUCAUUCGUCGAGUUACGGGCAUCACGCAAGCAUGCCAAACAUUCCCACAAAACGGGAUGAGCUACAUGGCUGCUGUUCGUCGGGUUCACCCAACCAGCCAUCUGUACCUUACGAACCUGUGUCUGAUCACAGCGCGGAGAAGGAAAACGAGAGAUUUCAGUGCAGAGCAGUUCUUCUAAAAUUGCUGCAACCGCCUGGUUCUUCAGUGCUGCAUGCUCAACAUAACAGCUGUUCUUUAGCGUGUCAACAAACAGAAAAGACGUUAUUAAAACCCGAUUUGUGUGUCUCACACUGUUUGCAACACGUGGGCAGCCAACAGGCUUCUCGAAACUCUGUGGACAUAGACAGGGAAGUAAAUGAGGAAUGGACUCAAAAAACUCGGCAAUGCAAUGAAAACCUUUCAAGAAAGGACAGCAACAGAUCGAGUUUACUUCCUAUAACGGUUCGGUGUCAAAGCUGUGAGGCAAGAGUGCGACCAUCUUAUUCCGAAGAAUUACAAUCGCGCACAGAUCGCUGCCAAUAUUUUCCAGAAGAUCGCCAACAAUAUUUCAAUGGACAUGCUUGUUUUCGGAAAAACACUUGCGAUACAAAGCGGGCUCCGUAUAUUGCAGUGCAAAUAAAUAGGAAAGUACAAAGGAAAGACGAGGAGAGCCCUCAACAGAUGUGCCCGCCCACCUGGAGUUACAAGGGUUGCGAUUCUUCGAUGUGUCAGCUCUCACCUUCUAACCAAACAUUAGACAAGAGACAUCCAGAAAGGGGUUGUACAGGUGCUAGCAAACGCACUAUUUUACAGAACACGGAGAGAUUACCAGAUCAUUUUUGUGCAUCAGCUGAAAGUGGAAAAGACUCAUUCUACCAAAUUGACAAAAGAACUCGUCAGGAUCCUUCUCCGAGCAUGCAAGAGAAACUGGAAGAUCAUAAACUGAACUCGUCGUCUUCUUAUUCCAUGAGUUCACCAGAAAGUAAUCGCCCUGACCCUUUUUGUCUCUCGGGCGAAUGGAGCUCGCCAGUUGUAAGAACUGCAAAUGGGCAGGGACAUCACCGUGAGGAAAGGAACGUUAUAUUGGAAACAACUUCAGAAAGCGACAACCAAACUGUUCCCCAUUCUCCAAAUGAAAGCUCGCCCGUGAUAGAGAACCAGAGUGACGAGUGCACCCCGGUUAUUGUACAAUGCUACAGUCUUUCAACUGCAAGUCCUACUUUUAAACGUUCAUCGAUGAGCGAUUCCCAGUUCAUGAAUAGACAGAAACAAGACGCAAGUGUCAACAUUCGCAACGAUGAAGUGCCAACGGUACCAGUGAGUCAUUCUCCGCGCAGUUCAUACCAACAGCAUUCUCCAAGAAGCCUGAAAUCUGCCAGCCGUGUGCAAAAUAACGAAGAGUUUGAGUACGAUUCACCGGCUCCCAGUCCGAGAAACAUGGCAAAUCUGCAUAGCCACAAUUUCCCAACACAACCAAACCACACGGCAGACGAAUCAUCAACUUUCAAGCUUGGUGUUGGUGAUGAAGAAAACCAAACUCGCAGCGCCGUGUUACCAGGACCGUUCCACAAAAGUAGCGCCAUUCCUGCAGGAAUUCCUUGUCUAAAUUGCCAAGCAGGUCAGCAUGCGUCGAGGCGACAUCAUUAUCUUUACAACGACCCGUGGACCGAGCCACACGUACGUUCCUCACAGAGUGUUUCCCACCAAAAGAAUCGUUGUCCACCGGACUUGCACGUUGGUCAUGAAUCAGGGGGUACGUUUCCCAACUGGCACACCAGACAAGUUCCAAACGAGAGUAGGCCGACCUUAAAAAUUCACGACUACUACGAGGAGAGACGAAUUCUAGUUGGGAAGGUUUAUCAAGACAUUCCUGACUCAGUAGAGAGUCCUCACCGUAAUCGGACGUCGACCUCUCCACAUGUCCGUAUGAGACAAUUGUACCAAAAUGAUCGCUGCCAGAGUCCUAGAGAAAGCGCUGAGAUAUUCCAUGCACAAGCUGGGGAGGAAAGCUCCACACAAAUUUGCGCUCGUCAACGGGAAAUUGCUGUUGGAAGUAGAAAGCGAAAAAGCCGACAACCACGUCCUCAAAGAGUAAACACAAACGACCCCGCUUUGACAAGAAAACAAUAUCAGCACCCAAUUCAACAUGCUGACGGUCGACAAGAAGUGUCCUUUAGCCACAACAAUUUCCAUCAUCAUGCAAGUUCUCCUUUCCAACCCGACGCAUCAUUGUCUAAAGAGGCACAUCGCAAAGGAAGAAAAGACGUUGAAGUUUGUGGUAAUGAGAGUGAGAGAUGCUCAUUUGAACCUAUCCAUGAGACCACAGAACAACAUGAGUGGUUAACAAGGCGCAAUGAUCGUGUUUUGGAGAGCAACUCAGCAAGACCAAACUUUUGCAGAAAUGGAAUUCGUUCAGAAACGUUCUCACCAUGGCGUCCCUUAUUUCAUGAUAAAAGAGCCAAUAAAUUCCGCACUGUGGACAGGAGUGAACAAUUUUUUGUGUACCCAAGAGGCCCAGUUCCAUCAUCUUAUGCACCUGUUGACAGGCACGGCCGGGCAAAUCACGGUCCACAUGAAUAUCAAAUGAAUUCAUAUUACCAAACUAGGACCCCGCACCAGUACUUUGCAUAUUCAAAUGGAGAUGUCAUGGAGCAUCCCUUUGACUCAAGCCCAGAUGGGAAUGCUGCAACUGAACGGUAUCAGCACGUUCCCACAGGGAAGAGAACUCCAGAAAACCGCAUUGCAACCGGGUCUCGUUAUGACAGUACUCAGAAGAGUUAUUCGCCCCGAAUCCUAGCGGGCUACUCUGGCCCACCAGAACGAAGUAUGCCCACUGACGGAAGUGCGACUUCGCACUUUGAAAGAAAUUCCGAGUCUUCGUGGAAUGUUCGAGGGGUUCCUGUUCAUGGUGAACACCGGGGCAACAGCCAUUUCUAUCAUGCUCUUCCAUCGAGGAGUAAAUCGCCACGCAUCAGCUCGGAAGAACAAUCAUCACUACCUAAUGACCACGGAUGUGUCUCCAGCACCACCGUGGACGACGGGGCUGACCUUCACGGCAGUGAUGACGGCGACAGACCAUUCCAGGCCGUACAAGCCUCUGCCACCACAGAUGGAACAGAUAGACCAGCGAAAGAGCAAGAGAACCGAGAUUUGUUUCUGCGCACAGGAGAAGUGUGGGCAAACCACGUGACACCUACCGUAAAGGAAAGAAAAUUCGUUUGCCGAUACUGCAGCAAAAAAUUCGCGCACUUCUCCACUCUUCAAAAUCACCUCCGGACACACACAGGUGACAAGCCUUUUCAGUGCAAGUUUUGCAGCCGCAGAUUUGCCCAAUCGGGAGUCUUAAAGGCACACCUACGAACACACACGGGUGAUAAACCAUUCGCUUGCAUGUACUGCGGAAAGGUGUUUGCUCAGAGCACAACGUUAACAAACCAUCUCAGAACUCACACUGGCCAAAAGCCGUACGUCUGCCAGUUUUGCGGUAAAUCGUUCUCCCAGCCGUCUACGCUCAGAAAACACGAACUCUCCCACACCAAAGAAAGACCGUAUCCAUGUAAGUUCUGUGGAAAAGCGUUCGCCCAACAGUCAACCCUGACCAAUCAUUUGCGCUCUCAUACGGGUCAACGGCCUUACAAGUGCCACUUCUGCGACAAGAGCUUUGCCCAGCUGAGUACGUUGGAUCGUCAUCUAAGACUCCACUCCAGCGUGAGUCUCAAGCCCUAUCAAUGCCGACAUUGCAGUAAAAGUUUCAGCUACUUCUCAAAUUUAUCGUCUCACAUGCAGAAUCACGAACAAGAACAAGGUGAUACUUUAAGUCUCGUUAGCACCCAAUAUCGAAUUCUAUUGAGUCCAUUUGUAUCAAUCAUUACUAAGGAGGGAGCAAUGAACGAUACAAUUUGCCAGAAUGGUGUUUCAAGUUCUCAUUCGUCGAGUUACGGGCAUCACGCAAGCAUGCCAAACAUUCCCACAAAACGGGAUGAGCUACAUGGCUGCUGUUCGUCGGGUUCACCCAACCAGCCAUCUGUACCUUACGAACCUGUGUCUGAUCACAGCGCGGAGAAGGAAAACGAGAGAUUUCAGUGCAGAGCAGUUCUUCUAAAAUUGCUGCAACCGCCUGGUUCUUCAGUGCUGCAUGCUCAACAUAACAGCUGUUCUUUAGCGUGUCAACAAACAGAAAAGACGUUAUUAAAACCCGAUUUGUGUGUCUCACACUGUUUGCAACACGUGGGCAGCCAACAGGCUUCUCGAAACUCUGUGGACAUAGACAGGGAAGUAAAUGAGGAAUGGACUCAAAAAACUCGGCAAUGCAAUGAAAACCUUUCAAGAAAGGACAGCAACAGAUCGAGUUUACUUCCUAUAACGGUUCGGUGUCAAAGCUGUGAGGCAAGAGUGCGACCAUCUUAUUCCGAAGAAUUACAAUCGCGCACAGAUCGCUGCCAAUAUUUUCCAGAAGAUCGCCAACAAUAUUUCAAUGGACAUGCUUGUUUUCGGAAAAACACUUGCGAUACAAAGCGGGCUCCGUAUAUUGCAGUGCAAAUAAAUAGGAAAGUACAAAGGAAAGACGAGGAGAGCCCUCAACAGAUGUGCCCGCCCACCUGGAGUUACAAGGGUUGCGAUUCUUCGAUGUGUCAGCUCUCACCUUCUAACCAAACAUUAGACAAGAGACAUCCAGAAAGGGGUUGUACAGGUGCUAGCAAACGCACUAUUUUACAGAACACGGAGAGAUUACCAGAUCAUUUUUGUGCAUCAGCUGAAAGUGGAAAAGACUCAUUCUACCAAAUUGACAAAAGAACUCGUCAGGAUCCUUCUCCGAGCAUGCAAGAGAAACUGGAAGAUCAUAAACUGAACUCGUCGUCUUCUUAUUCCAUGAGUUCACCAGAAAGUAAUCGCCCUGACCCUUUUUGUCUCUCGGGCGAAUGGAGCUCGCCAGUUGUAAGAACUGCAAAUGGGCAGGGACAUCACCGUGAGGAAAGGAACGUUAUAUUGGAAACAACUUCAGAAAGCGACAACCAAACUGUUCCCCAUUCUCCAAAUGAAAGCUCGCCCGUGAUAGAGAACCAGAGUGACGAGUGCACCCCGGUUAUUGUACAAUGCUACAGUCUUUCAACUGCAAGUCCUACUUUUAAACGUUCAUCGAUGAGCGAUUCCCAGUUCAUGAAUAGACAGAAACAAGACGCAAGUGUCAACAUUCGCAACGAUGAAGUGCCAACGGUACCAGUGAGUCAUUCUCCGCGCAGUUCAUACCAACAGCAUUCUCCAAGAAGCCUGAAAUCUGCCAGCCGUGUGCAAAAUAACGAAGAGUUUGAGUACGAUUCACCGGCUCCCAGUCCGAGAAACAUGGCAAAUCUGCAUAGCCACAAUUUCCCAACACAACCAAACCACACGGCAGACGAAUCAUCAACUUUCAAGCUUGGUGUUGGUGAUGAAGAAAACCAAACUCGCAGCGCCGUGUUACCAGGACCGUUCCACAAAAGUAGCGCCAUUCCUGCAGGAAUUCCUUGUCUAAAUUGCCAAGCAGGUCAGCAUGCGUCGAGGCGACAUCAUUAUCUUUACAACGACCCGUGGACCGAGCCACACGUACGUUCCUCACAGAGUGUUUCCCACCAAAAGAAUCGUUGUCCACCGGACUUGCACGUUGGUCAUGAAUCAGGGGGUACGUUUCCCAACUGGCACACCAGACAAGUUCCAAACGAGAGUAGGCCGACCUUAAAAAUUCACGACUACUACGAGGAGAGACGAAUUCUAGUUGGGAAGGUUUAUCAAGACAUUCCUGACUCAGUAGAGAGUCCUCACCGUAAUCGGACGUCGACCUCUCCACAUGUCCGUAUGAGACAAUUGUACCAAAAUGAUCGCUGCCAGAGUCCUAGAGAAAGCGCUGAGAUAUUCCAUGCACAAGCUGGGGAGGAAAGCUCCACACAAAUUUGCGCUCGUCAACGGGAAAUUGCUGUUGGAAGUAGAAAGCGAAAAAGCCGACAACCACGUCCUCAAAGAGUAAACACAAACGACCCCGCUUUGACAAGAAAACAAUAUCAGCACCCAAUUCAACAUGCUGACGGUCGACAAGAAGUGUCCUUUAGCCACAACAAUUUCCAUCAUCAUGCAAGUUCUCCUUUCCAACCCGACGCAUCAUUGUCUAAAGAGGCACAUCGCAAAGGAAGAAAAGACGUUGAAGUUUGUGGUAAUGAGAGUGAGAGAUGCUCAUUUGAACCUAUCCAUGAGACCACAGAACAACAUGAGUGGUUAACAAGGCGCAAUGAUCGUGUUUUGGAGAGCAACUCAGCAAGACCAAACUUUUGCAGAAAUGGAAUUCGUUCAGAAACGUUCUCACCAUGGCGUCCCUUAUUUCAUGAUAAAAGAGCCAAUAAAUUCCGCACUGUGGACAGGAGUGAACAAUUUUUUGUGUACCCAAGAGGCCCAGUUCCAUCAUCUUAUGCACCUGUUGACAGGCACGGCCGGGCAAAUCACGGUCCACAUGAAUAUCAAAUGAAUUCAUAUUACCAAACUAGGACCCCGCACCAGUACUUUGCAUAUUCAAAUGGAGAUGUCAUGGAGCAUCCCUUUGACUCAAGCCCAGAUGGGAAUGCUGCAACUGAACGGUAUCAGCACGUUCCCACAGGGAAGAGAACUCCAGAAAACCGCAUUGCAACCGGGUCUCGUUAUGACAGUACUCAGAAGAGUUAUUCGCCCCGAAUCCUAGCGGGCUACUCUGGCCCACCAGAACGAAGUAUGCCCACUGACGGAAGUGCGACUUCGCACUUUGAAAGAAAUUCCGAGUCUUCGUGGAAUGUUCGAGGGGUUCCUGUUCAUGGUGAACACCGGGGCAACAGCCAUUUCUAUCAUGCUCUUCCAUCGAGGAGUAAAUCGCCACGCAUCAGCUCGGAAGAACAAUCAUCACUACCUAAUGACCACGGAUGUGUCUCCAGCACCACCGUGGACGACGGGGCUGACCUUCACGGCAGUGAUGACGGCGACAGACCAUUCCAGGCCGUACAAGCCUCUGCCACCACAGAUGGAACAGAUAGACCAGCGAAAGAGCAAGAGAACCGAGAUUUGUUUCUGCGCACAGGAGAAGUGUGGGCAAACCACGUGACACCUACCGUAAAGGAAAGAAAAUUCGUUUGCCGAUACUGCAGCAAAAAAUUCGCGCACUUCUCCACUCUUCAAAAUCACCUCCGGACACACACAGGUGACAAGCCUUUUCAGUGCAAGUUUUGCAGCCGCAGAUUUGCCCAAUCGGGAGUCUUAAAGGCACACCUACGAACACACACGGGUGAUAAACCAUUCGCUUGCAUGUACUGCGGAAAGGUGUUUGCUCAGAGCACAACGUUAACAAACCAUCUCAGAACUCACACUGGCCAAAAGCCGUACGUCUGCCAGUUUUGCGGUAAAUCGUUCUCCCAGCCGUCUACGCUCAGAAAACACGAACUCUCCCACACCAAAGAAAGACCGUAUCCAUGUAAGUUCUGUGGAAAAGCGUUCGCCCAACAGUCAACCCUGACCAAUCAUUUGCGCUCUCAUACGGGUCAACGGCCUUACAAGUGCCACUUCUGCGACAAGAGCUUUGCCCAGCUGAGUACGUUGGAUCGUCAUCUAAGACUCCACUCCAGCGUGAGUCUCAAGCCCUAUCAAUGCCGACAUUGCAGUAAAAGUUUCAGCUACUUCUCAAAUUUAUCGUCUCACAUGCAGAAUCACGAACAAGAACAAGGUGAUACUUAAGAUAUGUUUCCGUUUCGAUAGUUUUGUUCCUGAUUGCUGUCACUUACGACCCGUGAUUUGGAGCUAGCAAGCAUUUCAAAAAUGCUUUC